UGCAACUGGCUGUUCCUUGGUGGUGACUCGGACAGGCCGUUCGGCCCGCUCCCUCCUCCUGCUUGCUCACAAUCAUCAUCUGCUAGGCAACAUGGCUCCAAGCGACUUUCUGCCGCUGCCGGACCGAGUGUCGCUGCUGCAGCGCUUCAAGGGUGUCGCGCUCGAUGAGCUCCCCACGCCCGCCGUUGUGAUCGACUCGUCUAAGGUGUCGAGCAACUGUGCUCGGAUGCAGAGGAUCGCAAGGGAUUGGGGCUGCCUCUUUCGAGCCCACAUCAAGACACACAAGACAAGGGAGGGCGUCCUGGCGCAGGUGCGCGAUGGCGAGAGGGGCAAGACUCCCCUCAUCGUCUCUACGCUCGCUGAAGCUUGGGGCGUCCUCAAGUCAGGUCUGAUUGAGGAGGCUGGCAUCAAUGACAUCCUCUAUGGCGUGCCAGUGGGCGUGCAUAAGAUUCCCGAGAUCCUCGAGCUGCGCAACGAAAUGGCCAAGCGGGGUGGACCAUCGGCUGACGUCAAGGUUAUCAUCGACAAUAUCGCACAGGUCGAUGUACUACAAAAGGCUCUCGCGCCCCUGAAUGCCAAGCCUAUUCAAGCCUUUGUCAAGAUCGACUGCGGCUACGGACGAGCUGGCCUUACCGUCAAUUCACCGUCGUUGGCGUCUCUUCUCGAGGCCAUUGCAACAAGCUCGCAUGUUGCACUCUGGGGGCUCUAUUGCCACGCCGGACAUUCGUACGGGAGCAAGUCUGAAAAGGACGCUCAGGACUUCCUGUCGUUGGAGGUGCGAUGCAUCAACGAUGCCGCACAGCUGGCUGAGUCAAUUCUCGACAAGGCAGCGGGCGAUCGAUCCCGACAUCGGUCGCCUCUGGUUCUGAGCGUAGGAGCCACGCCCACGGCGCAUGCUGCAAGUGCAGGGCCGUCUAGCCAGGAGCUGCAGAAGCUCAAGGGUCUCCUGCGAGGUGAACUAGAGCUGCACGCGGGCAACUAUCCCUUUCUCGAUCUGCAGCAGAUGGCAACACACGCUCUUAGCAGCUCGGGACCAGUCGGCCACAUGACAAUCGAUGACUGCGCUCUCAGUGUGGUUGUAACCGUCACCAGCCUUUACCCAGGCCGCAGCCAGGGAGAGGCAGAGGGAUCCAUUGCCGUCUCGGAUGGCAAGCUCGCCUCCCAUGGUGACGAAGCCAUGAUUGAUGCGGGUGGAAUCGCUCUGAGCAAGGACGUGGGACAGUUCGAAGGCUACGGUCACAUCGUGUCCCCACCGAGCAAGGUCGGAUGGAUGGUCAGCAAAGUUUCGCAGGAGCACGGCAUCCUCGCUGUCCGCAAGGGUACGCCGGAUCAGUGGGCCAGCGAAUGGGGCCUCGACCGUCUAGAGGGGCAGGGCAAGACGCAGCAAGUCCGAGUCGGCGACAAGGUCAGAAUUAUUCCCCAGCAUGCAUGCAUGGUCGCAGCUGCCCACCACUGGUUCUUUAUCUUUGACUCAUCGCUCAAAGAAGAAAGUGCGACCGUUCAGGAUGUCUGGGUUCCCUGGAAGUCGUGGUAGAAACAAUCAACCUCACUUAAUUGCUGUCGGGAAGGAAGGGGUCUUAUCCUCGGCACAACCGAUUACUCUUUGAAUUCUAGAAGAAAAGAAAAAAAAAGACGAAGAAAAGGCAGCCUUUGGAGCUAGCGAGUUCUCGGUAUGCCACUCAAUCAAUUUGUCGUCGGUGGGAUUCCUCCGACGAAGAGCUCGGGAAUCUCGACUAUUCCUUGACAAGCCACCAUGAUGUGCCAGGACGUACGGGUCCAUUCUGACAGCCACACCAGAACGUGAGCAUGUAGUAGUUGUACGUACUGAUGUCGCCUUGUCAGUUGAUAGAAUUAGCAAGGCCUAUCUAAAGAGCACUGAUCAAUAUUAAUAGCACGGUGGACUUUGCCAAGCAUCGCUAGGCACAUCCGCUUUCGUGUUCCAGUGCCGGCC